AUGCUUGUCAGGGCCCAUAUCCUCCUAGGAUCGUUACUUUAUGCCUCUGUUGGCAUGGCGAUUAAAGCUGUAGACUUUUUACGGUACACUACAAGUAAACAUGGUGGUCAUCAAAGACACGACAAACGUGGUCCCGGCCCAGGUCGAGUGCUCGCAUGGAGCGGAGUCUCCACUGAUACACCUCUCCCUGGAAGUCCCGGCGGCGAUCUUGGAUAUGAUUUGGUGAAAACUUGUCAUUCUCAUUUCCACCUUCAAGAGCUCAAGUCUCAACUCCACAUUCCCUUCCCGACAACCAUGAAGUUCUUCCAGGUCCUCAUCAUCGCCGCCCUCGCCGUCGUUGGCGUCAGCGGCCAGACCACCACCGGCACGCACACCGGUGCCGCUACGACUAAUGCUGCCACAACCGACACACACAGCGGUGCCGCUACGACUGGCUCUACUACGACCGGCACGACGGGAGCGACCGGCGCAACCACCCCUGCAGUGACCCCCGCGACAGGAACUACUGGCGCUUCCUCCACGGCGGGCUCCACUGCUACCCCUUCGGCUGAUACCACCGCUACCGGUGCGUCUGGCUCUGGCGCCUCCACUGCUGCCAUCGAUGCUACCGGCAGCGCGGCGAUGGACACGUCCGUCGGGUCUUCCAGCUCCACUGGUAUGGCAACCGCAGGCGACUCGACCACGUCCACGACGGACUCGUCGCUGGCGUCGGACUCGUCUUCGACCUCGGACAAGUCCACUUCGAAGAAGUCGACCUCGGCAUCAAGCGCCAGCGGUGCGUCGGGUUCGAGUGGAGCCUCGCAGGUGUCAGGUGCCAUGGGUGCCGUUGCUGCCACCGCACUCGCCGUCGGCGUGUACUUCCUCCGUCUUCACAAACUAAAGAGCUCACACAAAUUGUCUCAAUUAGCGCUUUCACAAAGGGGAAUACCGGAGUUCCACGCCCGAAACCAAACGCCGACAAUCGGAGCCUUCCUGCCGCCGGCCAUGAGCGCUCUCUUCCCGGCGCCCGUGCGCUCGUACACGACCUUCUCGGACGCCGCGCCCGCCGCCUCGGCUGCCCCUGCGUCCUCGCAGCGCGCGGCCUCCACCCGCCUCCCCAGGUACCCUCUGCGCGUGAAGCAGCAGUUCGUGCCGCGGCGCAAUGAGGACUUCGGCGACGGCGGCGCGUACCCAGAGCUGCACGUGGCCCAGUUCCCGCUCGGAAUGGGCAAAAAGGGCGGAAAUGGGUCCUCUUCUUCCUCUCAAAAUAGCGGCACCCUCGCCCUCCAAGUGCGCGGCGAGGACGGCAAGGUGAGCUACGACGCCAUCGUGACCCAGCAGCACCGCGACAAGGCUAAGGUCUACACCAAGUUCAGCGACAUCGUGGAGAAGGAUGGCGACGCAGCGGCGCUGGCGCUUCCCUCCAAGGACGAGGAGCAGGAGACCGCCAGCCGCACGCGCGAGGCGCUGCAGGCGCUGGUGCAGGGCAAAGUGGCCAGCUCGCUGCCCACCAACGUCGGGCGCCAGAAGAGCGCCAAGGAGACGGCCAAGUACAUCCGCUACACGCCCAACGACCAGGGCGCGGCGGGCGCCCCCAAGCAGCGCAUCAUCCGCAUGGUGGACGUGGCCAAGGACCCCAUGGAGCCGCCCAAGUUCCAGCACACCAAGGCCGUGCGCGGGCCGCCGUCCCCGCCCGUGCCGGUGCUGCACUCGCCCCCCAGGAAGCUAACGGUGGCAGACCAGCAGUCGUGGAAGAUCCCGCCCUGCAUCUCCAACUGGAAGAACUCCAAGGGCUUCACCAUUGCACUGGACAAGCGUCUGGCCGCUGAUGGACGCGGCCUGCAGCAGGUGACGGUGAACGACAACUUCGCCAGCUUGUCGGAGGCGCUGGCCAUCGCCGAGCGCAAGGCCAGAGAAGAGGUCAACAUGCGCGCGCAGGUGCAGAAGAAGCUGGCCAUGAAGCAGAAGGAGCAGAAGGAGAACGAGCUGCGUGAGUUGGCGUCCAAGGCGCGGAUGGAGCGCGCGGGCAUCCGCGCGGACAGUGACGAGGAGGAGGACAGGAGCCGCAGUCGACGACGCCGAUCGUCCAGCGCGCAUAGUGACCGUCGGCGCCGCCACAGUGACGAUGAAGACGAUGACAGCGAUGCCGAAGGACGCAGGGAGCGCGACCGGAUCCGCCGUGAGCGCAAGAAGGAGCGCGAACGUGAAAUGCGCAUGGAGAAGCUGGGCAAGAAGGGCAAGCUGGCGCGUGAUGAGGACCGUGAUAUCUCUGAGAAGAUUGCCCUGGGGCAACUGCAGGGUGGCGGAAGAGCUGGUGGUAGUGACGGCAUGUUCGACUCGCGGUUGUUCAACCAGUCGCAGGGUAUCAGCUCGGGUUUUGGCCAGGAAGACGAGUACAAUGUCUACUCGAAGCCGAUGGUGGACCGUGGCAAGGCGAGCGUGUACCGCCCCAAGGGUGAUGACGGCGCAUUCGAUGCCGAUAAGGAGUACGAGGAGUUGAAGGGCGGCCACUCCAAGCGCUUCAAGGCUGAUAAGCAGUUCCGUGGCACAGAGGCUGUGGCUCGCGGUGGAGGUCGGGAUGGGCCUGUGCAGUUCUCAUACGACAACGUGAGGGAUGAGGAGGAUGAAGAUGCCAACAAGACGCGCGCGCCUGAAUCUCGCCGUGAUGAUGCGCGGCGGUCGCCGUCCGCUUCUCCUCCUCGAGCUCGGGAGAAGGCCCGUUCACCCUCGCGCUCUCCUCCGCGUCGUGGCCGCUCGCCGUCUGGGUCGCCUCCUCGCUCUCGGGGCCGCGGCCGGUCGCCGUCUGGGUCGCCUCCUCGCUCUCGGGGCCGCGGUCGCUCACCUUCGGGCUCGCCACCGCGUUCAGGCCGUGGCCGUUCUCCGUCGGGCUCUCCACCGCGUUCGAGAGGCCGCGGUCGCUCGCCGUCGGGGUCGCCGCCGCGCUCACGAGCACGAGUUCGUUCUCCAUCGCCGUUCCGUGGUCGCGAUCGCUCCGCGCUGCGUGGACGGAAGCGGUCUCCAUCGCGCUCUCCUUCGUACUCCCGGGAGCGUGGACGGCCGCGCGCGCGCUCACGUUCCCCCUCCUACUCGCGAGGACGUAGCAGUCGUCGGCGAUCGCCGUCCUACUCUCGAUCGCGACGAUCGCCGUCUCGCUCUCGUUCGCGCAGUAGAGAAGCUGACCGCAAGCGUCGUCGUCGUUCGCCCAGUGAGGACAGUGAUGACGAUCCGUUUGGACUGGACCAGUUCCUGACUGAUGCUCGGAAGGGUGCAGACGAUGAACGUCGCUCGCCCGGCCGCGACCGCCGCCGCCGCUAAGGUAAAUGUAAAGCCCAAAAUUGACGAAGCAAGCGCGUGACGCUUCUGCUGGUCCUGCAAGACACGCCCUGGUAACGUGCUACGCACAAACUCGCGCGCUCAAUACAUUCAUAUGAUCU